UGUUGCGUUCCACUUCCUGUACAGUUAAAAGCUCGCAAGAGAAAGGCGUUUCCCAGGUGUGACGGGUGUAUGCUUUUCUUAGCGGUUGUUUAACGAGGUAAAUAGAGGAAAUGGAGAAAAAGGACUAUGACUGCUAUGAGAUCGAGGAGCCGAGUGACGAGGAGCGCGCGGCGAGCAGCUCCGAGGACGAGUUGGAGAUUCUCCUCCAUGGAAAUCCGGAUCAGAAGAGGAAGCUCAUCCGGGAGUACCUGACGGGAGAAAGCGAGUCCUCCAGUGGGGAUGAGUUUGAGAAGGAGAUGGAGGCAGAGCUGAGCUCCACAAUGAAGACCAUGGAAUGUGGAUGGGGGGUGCCAACAACGUCAGCUGAGGGUUCCAGUACCGCAGGGGGCAACACAGAUACAACUGGAACACAACCUCAGUUCUACGACAGUAUUUACUUUGACAGUGACUCAGAUGAUGAAAUGUCAAGUAGCUCUGCAGGACGCCGUGCCAAACAGCGCCGUAUUCCAACAAACAGUGAGCUUCUGUAUGAUCCUGAUGAAGAUGACCGUGACCAAGCUUGGGUUGAUGCCAAGAGAAGGGGGUACAGGACUGGCAGCACUAGACUACAAGAAGCAGUUGAGAGAAAAGGGAAAAACCAGUCUGUUCCCAGAAGCGAUGCAGUUCUCAACUGUCCAGCAUGCAUGACCACCUUGUGCCUGGACUGCCAGAGGCAUGAGAAGUACCAUACACAGUACAGAGCCAUGUUUGUCAUGAACUGCACUGUAAACAAAGAAGAGGUUCUGCGGUACAAAACACCGAAUGACAAAAAGAAGAAUCGGCGGAAGAAGAGGAAGGUCUCCCAUGGGACAGAUGGGUCGAGAGAUACGGAGUCAGAAGUGGAGGACAAGUACCAUCCAGUGCAGUGUGCAGAGUGUUCCACGGAAGUUGCGGUGUUUGACAAAGAUGAAGUUUACCAUUUCUUCAACAUCCUUGCAAGUCAUAGCUGAAUAGAAAAUGGACAUUUUUCUCACAAUGUUUAAAAGACUGUUCUUUUAAUUUACUGGGUUUCAACUGUAUAUUUUAGAAUUUUCCCCAAAAGCAUACAUUCAGUUCUCAGAAUAACAUCCCAGUACCCCACAACACGUAAUGCAGCGCCCAUUAUUAAACCAAAUCUUCAAAGUAAACCAUGCAUGGACAGUCGGUUGUCUCAAAGAUGAUAAAUACAUCCAAAAAAAAUCUAAUUAAUCUGCAUCACACAGUUUUUAACUGUAGGGAAUGUUAACAAGAAACUUACAGAAACUUAAGUUUCUCAAUGUUAAUACAGAACCUCUCUAGGGAAAUAAAUCUAUAAUCUUUGAAACCUUUGAUUUCAUGUUCCUGACAACCCAGCCAUUUAUGUACAGAAAUGUAUGUUGUGUAUUGUGAAGCCACAAAGGUUUGGUGUCGUGCAGAAUACAGGGUCUAAGAGUGACACUUCAGUCACUGCCCUCUUGAUUUGGAAGGAUUUUCAUCCAUGUUAAACCUGGUGUGUACACAUACACCUGCUUCCAAAGCAAAAGAAAUUUCUCAGGAUUGAGCUGGGAAGAGAUUGUGGAAAUGGAAGGAUUUGGACUGUGGUUAGUUGGUGACUCUGAAUGGAGCUGCAGUGUAGAAGUUCCCAUUAUUCUAUAUGAUGACAUAACUGCUGUGGUUCUGGGCCCUGUGUGGACUCUGAGAAUGGGACUAAAUCAUACACUGCAUCAAGAAACCCUAGGAAGGGGCUUGCAGGGAUCACUUUGACAGGGUGAUGAUUCCCUUACUGACUGUUUCCACCCUUUCCCAGUGACCACAUUAGUGCUUGGUGGCCAGAAAUGUCAGUUCUCUGCUCUUCUUUCUUGAUCAAUGAAUCCUGCCUCCCUGACAUUAUUAUUAUUUGCAUGAAGCAGGGUCCUGUCUGAAUAAGGUAACGGUGCUUUGCCAUAGUCCCUGUAUCUAUGUCCUUGCAAACAGUAGUAUGGUCCUGUCAUUCCUAUCUGUACAUAUAGGCAGCAUAUUUGUGCUUAAUAUGCACAAAAUAUUUUUUUCAAGAUCAUCUUCCAUAUCAGCAAGUGGCUGGUGGUGAAAAUGUAUGUUCUGAAGCACUAUGCUGUUCUGCAUGCAAUGUGCUAUACAAAACAUACAUUUCUUUUGUUCUUAUGAAAUCCAAGUACUGUACAGGAUUAAGUUGUAUUUACUUGUCUUAUGUCCUAAUGGAUCCAAAUUAUUCCGGCCACAGUAUACUGAUGCAAACCAGGACUCUUGUUUGAACAGUGAUAAUGAUACUGAUGUCUAUUUGUGUGUAGUGCUUUACAUAAUGGUGGGGCUGGUAAUACAAACUGAGCUGUAGCAAGUGUGUUUAGGUCUGCACAUGUCGUUUGUGGUUCUGGGAUGUUAAUACAUCUGAUUACUCUUUGUAUGUUUUUGAACAAACUGUGUAUAUAUAACAAAAACUAAUCACACCUGCAUGUUAUGUUCCUCUAUAUUUUCUUAAGAUCUGUAUUUGCAGCUUGAAAUGUGAAGAGUUUGUGUGCUGUUCAAAUUUGUAGGUUAUACGAAAUAAUUUGUGUAAUUU